GGUCAUUGAUUUACAGGCAAAUUAGACUUAGGCCUAAUACCCAUAUUCUACUGAAUGUUUGGUUAAUGAGACUUUUUUCUUCGGUCUAGAAACCUUAAACUGGUUGGAUACAUGGGCUCUUUCUAUUAGGGCUAAACGAAAAUCAUAACCCAUUUUCAUAAACAGAAAGAACUCUGGUUUUAUUUUUCACUUCAUUCAUCAAUCAAAAUUCAACGGGGGAAAGAGGCAGAAGAAGAAGAAGAAAAUGGAGGAAGAAAGAGAAAACCAAGCGGAACAAAACCAAAGCAAGAAAAAAACACCAAUAGUAAUAGGAAUUCCAUCAUACAAAGAAGUAAUAGAAAGCUCACAAAUGAAAUCAACCCCACCUUCCCUUUUCACUCCUUCUCAUUCUUUUUCUCAAGCCUUCAGUUUUAUUAAAUCCUCUGAGUUUUACUCUCCACCUCCCCAACCUCCUCCGGCCACCACCUCCACUGUUUCAACCCCAAGGCCAAUUGGUGAGGCCAAUGUGCCUUCUUCUUCUUCUUCAGCUGCUUCUACCUCAGCUUCACCUGCUGCUGCUGUUGCUUCAUCAUCAUCAAAUUCUGCUCAGAAUCGCAAUGCUAUCCUUGUCAGCCAUAGACAGAAGGGUAAUCCCUUGCUCAAACAUAUCAGGAAUGUGAGAUGGGCUUUUGCAGAUAUUAUUUGUGACUACUUGCUCGGUCAAAACUCAUGUGCUCUCUAUUUAAGUCUUCGAUAUCAUUUGCUGCACCCAGACUACCUAUAUUACCGCAUCAGGGAACUGCAGAAAAACUUCAAGCUUCGUGUUGUGUUAUGCCAUGUUGAUGUGGAGGAUGUUGUUAAGCCUUUGCUUGAAGUUACUAAAACAGCUCUGCUUCAUGAUUGUACUUUAUUAUGUGGUUGGAGCUUGGAGGAAUGUGGUCGCUACUUGGAGACCAUAAAAGUAUAUGAAAACAAACCUGCAGACCUCAUCCAAGGCCAAAUGGAUACAGACUACCUAUCAAGGCUAAAUCAUGCUCUUACAACUAUUCGACAUGUUAACAAGACUGAUGUGGUCACACUUGGUUCUACAUUUGGGUCUCUGUCUAGUAUCAUGGAUGCAUCCAUGGAAGAUCUUGCUCGAUGUCCGGGAAUAGGAGAGCGGAAGGUAAAACGCUUGUAUGAUGCUUUUCAUGAACCAUUCAAGCGUGUAGUUUCCAGCAACCCUCAUGUUCCAGAAACUCCGGUCUGCAAUGAUGCUGAACCUUGCUCAGCAAGUGAAGUCAUAGAAGCUGAAAAUGAUACUGAAAAUACUAGCAAGCGUAGGAAAAAAGAACCUGAAAUGAACGUUAAAUCAGCUCUGACUGCUGCUUUUGCCAAGUAUUCUGGUAAAAUUAGUAAAAAGAACAAUAAAUCAGAGGGUAGUAAGGGAGGAGGAACCAGUGCUACUGUGGCAUCCGAAGCUGCUACUAAGAAUUCGAAGGAAGGGGUUUAAACUUGAUCUAGUUUUGCUACUUCAAUCGAUCUCCAACAUGCAAUCCUGGUGAGAUGCAAAUGCUUGAUGAUUUGUUGAACUUAUACAACCAGAUAAGCAGUGCACACAGGAUCUGAAGAAGUUGAAGUUUAAAUUGCACAUGGAAUUCUGAAUUCUCGGCGAUCUUUUAGCAGAGGUUAGAGAUUCAUGUAGUCAAGAGCGUAAUGUUCUAGCACGUAUGUAUUGCUUUGAAACAGGAUGUAAUUUUAGUCUGUCAAUCUUGUUCUAUAAGUAAUACAGGAAGUUUAGAAAGCUACAGAAUGAAAUGCAGUGAUAAUUCCCCCUUGUAUUUAUUCUUUAUGUAGCACAUGCAACAUAUAUACGUGUGCUACUUAAUAUCU